CCAUGGUGCGCACAGAAGGACCCAGGAGUCUUUACAGUGGACUGGUGGCAGGACUCCAGAGGCAGAUGAGCUUCGCCUCUGUYCGCAUUGGCCUCUACGACUCUGUAAAGCAGUUCUACAMCCGAGGCUCUGAGCGUAAGUAUCUGUGAAUGUGUUUUUAUUGUUGGUCUAGUUGUGAAAGUCCUGCGAMAAUCACCUCYCUCUWCUCUGGUUCAGAUGUAGGCAUYRGCAYUCRRCUGCUUGCGGGAUSUACCACAGGUGCCAUGGCGGUUGUGUUAGCUCAGCCCACAGAUGUGGUGAAAGUCCGCUUCCAGGCACAGGCCAGGUCCACUGGGCUCGCCAGACGCUACUGUAGCACCAUAGAUGCUUACAGGACCAUUGCUAGGGAAGAAGGCAUUCGUGGCCUAUGGAAAGGUACAGCUCCAAACAUUGUACGGAACGCGACAGUCAACUGCACAGAACUGGUGACGUACGACUUCAUCAAGGAUACACUUCUAAAGUCCACGCCCCUGACAGACAACCUGCCCUGCCACUUUCUAUCAGCCUUCGGUGCAGGGUUAUGCACGACAGUCAUCGCUUCGCCUGUCGAUGUGGUCAAGACAAGAUAUAUGAACUCUUCUCUUGGCCAGUACAGAAGCACCCUCAACUGUGCUGCUACCAUGAUGACCAAAGAAGGACCACUUGCCUUUUAUAAGGGGUUCAUGCCCUCUUUCUUACGCCUGGGCUCCUGGAACGUGGUGAUGUUCGUGACAUACGAGCAGCUGAAACGGGCCAUGAUGGCAGCAAAUCACAACUGCACAACAAUUCUGUGAUUGCUGCCCGGCGGAAGGCUGAUGUUGUUGCUGAGAGAUUAUGUUUACCGAUUUCUUUGCCUUUUGUUUCCUCCUUUGUGUUUAUUGACUCAAAGUGUCAAUGUUAUCUUGUACAAAUUGCU